CGAACAUCCCAACCAGAACAGACAUGGCGCUCAGAAAAACCGACGGCAGCAAACUCCUCAUGACGGUGGUGUGUUUGGUGUCAGCCUGCAGCUCGGUCCCUCUCAGUGAUCUGCUGGACCGAGCCUCUCAGGGCUCAGAUAAGCUGCACGCUCUCAGCACCACGCUCUCUCAGGACCUGAACUCUGACUUCCCUCCCAUUGGUCGUUUGAUUAUGCCCCGCCCCGCGAUGUGCCACACUUCCUCUCUGCAGACGCCCAGCGACAAGGAGCAGGCUCUGCAAGUAUCUGAGUCGGACCUCCUGUCUCUGGCCCGCUCUCUGCUGCAGGCCUGGUCCGACCCCCUGCUGGUCCUCUCGGCCUCGGCCAACACCCUCCAACACCCGGCCCAGAGCUCCAUCUCCAACAAGAUCCAGGAGCUGCAGCAGCACUCCAAGAGCCUGGGGGACGGCCUGGACGUCCUGUCAGGCAAGAUGGGUCCGGCUGCUCAGACCAUCUCCUCUCUGCCCUUCAGUGGAGCAAAUGACAUCGGCCAGGACCGGAUCUCCCAGUUGAUCAACUUCAACUUCCUGUUGUCGUGUUUCCGCCGCGACUCCCACAAGAUCGACAGUUUCCUGAAGGUCCUGCGCUGCCGGGCCUCGCAGACGGAGAUGUGCUGAAGAGACUGUCGGCCAUCUUUGCUUUCCUCAAUGCUUCUACAGAGUGGGGCAGGGAUGAGGUGUUUCUGUGUUGGUCCCUGAAGGCAGCAUCUCCCUGGUCCAAUGGUAUUUCUCCAUGUGAUUUUGGACAUUGCAGAAAAUAACUGUUUCAGGCUUGUGUUAACCACAGACCUGAAUUCAGGCUAACAACCAGAAACACAUUCAGAAAACCAUUGACCAGGAAGGGAUGAAAUGCUGGGUUUUACGACUCAUUCCAGCACCACUCUAUUGCCUCUAGCUUAGCACACGCUAGGAAUCUGCUACCUGAGCUAAUAGGUAGCAUUCUGAGCUUCCAGAAGGAGACGAUAAGGAGGAGUUUCAUGGCACACACAGGAAAUCAUAUCCAGGUAACCUGAGGAUGUUAUUGACUUUAUAGGUCUACUCCACACAGCUUUAGUUACUUUACAGAUUCAGAUUGUCACACUGUUGGAAGUCCUUAAGUCAGUGUGUAGCACAAAACAUCAACCAUCCUAUUCUCAAUGUGAGUGUAUGGAUGCUAAGGUAAAUUACUUUUAAAGCUAUAAACAUUUCCCCAGGUAAUUUGCUAAAAGGUGCACACAUCUCAAUUGUUAAAAAGCUUGACUUUAAAACAGGAAUAAGAACAUCCAGCUGGUCUGGCAUUAUUAAUUGACCGUGUUAAUAUACCUGGUGUGUUUGCUCUCCUGUUACGCCUCCUUGCCUCGUCGUCCUUCUAAAAUAACUUUUGCACUUCAGAUUCAAACACUCGCUGAUAAAGCAUUUUGAAUGUGAUGCUUACACAUUUUAUCUUUCAAAUCUGCUCAGCAAUAAAGAUCCUCU